AUGCUGUUUCAUUCUUUAAGUUCAUUCACUAUGUCCUCCUACAGUUUCUGUGUUUUAGGAGGAUUUUUCUCUAGCUUUCUGGGGGCUAGUGUUGGUGACUCAGAUAAUUUAGUGAUUGCCUUUGGGAAGGAAGAGGGAAGGGCUCACUUUUCUCGCACAGAGACGCUGGAAAGGAUCCUGGGAACAAUGUUAGCCCUCUUUGCUUCCAGCCCAGAGAUGGAAAGCUCAGAGGAAAAGCCACUUAAGCUCUGGCUGGAUCCAGGCACUCAAAUGAUGACACUGAGAAUCUGCCUCUCUCUGUCAUUUUGCUCUAUUCUGCGCUGGCUUCAUCCUCUGGGAGUUUCCUCUUUAUGUGACAGAGAGGAUGAAGCUUGGGCAAUGGCAGCUGAGCACACCAGUCUUUUUGCAACAGUUUCACCCAGAAGCUCUUGUCCUGAGUCCCUUUGGCCUGUUUUGGGUCAUGUGCUAUCACUAAGACUUUGA